AUGAGUCUGAGGUCUCUGGAGAGCCAUUGGAAGGGUUUAUCACAGGAACAAUGGCUGAGCGAUACGAACACGGAAAGCGGCCGGUUGGAAUUUGAGGUUCCUAUCGGGGGUUUGUCGGGUUUCCACCAAGGGGGGCAUCAGGGCCGGUCAUUUUGGGGCGCAAAUGAUAUUUUUCGAUUUCUGAUGAUUUGGCGACGUGUCAUUGUGAGCGUGAGGGAUUACCUGUUUGCGGUGUACAGCAUUCCCAAUCACCUCGACGCCCAGUGUAAGCCAGAUUGUGUAAGUCGUAGUCCUCGGCAGAUUUUCCGCAUUUUCGGAAACGGACCCGACAGCGAGGUCGGCAUCGGGGUUACCUUGGAUGAGCGGCAGGGGAUCCACCCAAUGACAUCAGGGGGAAACAGCUCCCUCCAGACGCCGCCUGCACGAUUGACGUUUCUGUAUCCGCACCUUUUCCGGACGAUACGCCUCAGCGAGACGACUACGGCGACGACGAGCCGCGCGGCGUCGAAAUCAUGUCGGAGACGGGGACUCGCCGAGGUUCGGAGACGAGGGUACGCCGCGUUCGCGCCUACGCCUGGAGCGCAGCAGUCGGGUUUCGCGCCGAGACACGGAAAGGGGGUCGAGCCUGUGUCUGCGACUGCGACGACGACGACAACACCGGUGCCGGCGCCGGCGGGUGACGGAAAGGAGGCGAGUCCCGGGCAGGCUGCGGUCGGUGCGUCCAAGGGGGCGACCGACGACGGCGUAAAUCCCAAGACGGCGGCAGCUUCGGCGACGGCGACGGCAUCGAAUACAGCGGAGAAUAACGCGGCCGACGCCACGGGUGCCGCCUCUGGAGAACAACAGCAGCAGCAGCAGCAACAGCCCGAAGAGGCGGAGGAAGCCAAAGCCGCAAAGCAGGAAGCCCGCGACCAGGCGAAGAAGAGCGGGCCCCUCGAAGCGAUCCUACACAUGGGACCCCCCGAAGAGGUCGCCAAACAACACCCGCACAUGGCGCCCCCGCCCUACGUGCACCACUUUGACAGCUACUCGCUCGUAAAAGACCUCGAGGGCGGCGGGUACAGCAAGGACCAGGCCAUCACGCUGAUGAAGGCGAUCCGCGCGAUCCUGGCCCAGAAUUUAGACGUGGCGCAGGAGAGCCUGGUGAGCAAGAGCGACGUCGAGAACGAGACGUACCUGUUCCGGGCGGCGUGCUCGGAGCUGAGCACCGAGGUGAAGAACAACCAGAAGCUGGCGGACGAGGAGAUGCGGCAGAAGAGGACGCUGCUGCAGCACGAGGUCGAUAUCUUGACGCAGAGCCUGAACCAGGAGCUGCUGACGCUGAAUGAUAACGUGAGGGGUAUGUUUAACGAUCGCAAGAUGGCGGUGAGGGAGGAGCAGAAGGCUGGUGAUAGUGUGAUCCAACAAAUCAACUACAAAAUCAGCCUCCACCUAAGCAGCGACGCCAAAUCGGAGAUUGAGGGCCUGCGGUGGAUCCUGAUCCGGCGGUCGGUGAUUGGGAUCCUGUUCAUGGCGGUGUUGACGCUGGGCACGCUGCGGUACGGGACGUAUGUGAGCCAUUCGAAGCAGGCCGAGGCGGAGAGGAUGAAGAAGCAGGCCGAGAUGAUUAAGAUGGCGGACGGGAAGAGGGAUCAUAGCUCUGCGCCUGAUGCGGCGGAGAUUCUAGCGGCGAACUGA